AUGUCUACAACUACAACCACACCACCCCUCCCAACCCUAAUCUUCAUCCCCGGCGCCUGGCAUCAACCCACCUGCUACUCCAAACUCAUCACGCACCUGCAAACCCACCACCCAGACCUGCACUGCACCACCAUCACCCUCCCCUCAACAACCGGCGACCCCGCCGCCACAUUCAAAGACGACCUCGACGCCACCCGCGCCGCCAUCAUCACCGAAACAAUCCACCACGGCCGCAAUGUCGUCCUGAUCGCGCACUCCUACGGCGGCAUGGUCGCCAACAGCGCCAUCAAAGGCUUUACCUCUCCCUCAUCACCCUCAUCCGGCAUCAUCAUCGGCCUAAUCCUCAUAGCCUCCGGCUACACCUUAACGGGCCUCUCCUUCAUGGACCCCUUCCUAGGCCACCCGCCGCCCUCCUGGCGCGCAAACCACACCACCGGGUUCGCAGAGCUAGCCACUUCCCCGCGCAAGCUCUUCUACCAUGACCUCCCCGAGGAAGAAGCCCGGUACUGGGUAUCGCAGCUCAGACCGCAGAGUCUGAAAGCGCUGUUCGAGGGCGGCGAGUACUCGUACGCCGGGUGGAAGGACGUCCCGAGCUGGUAUAUUGGGACUGGGGAGGAUAAAGGACUGCCGGUACUGAUGCAGAGGGUGGGCGUGGGGAUGGCGAGGGGGAUGUGUCCGGGGUUGAGGGUGGUGUAUAGGGAGGUGGAGGGGGCGAGUCAUUCGGUGUUUUUGAGUCGGGUGGAGGUUGUUGGCGGGUUAGUUUGGGAGGCGGUGGGGAGUUUUAUGGGGAGGGAGGUAGGGGGGGAUGGGGAUGGGGAUAAUUGGAAGAGUCAGGGUGUGGUUGUGCCUGAGGCGGAUGUCUGGAAGGUUUCGACGUGGUUGAAGUUUGGAGUGCCGGCGGCUUUGGGAAGGGUGGUGGGGUGGGGGUUUGGGUUGUAUGGCUGGGUUAGGGUCACUGUCCACAGUGUGUGUAUGCAUAUAGAAGCACACUGCCUGUAUGAUGAAAUCCAAGUAAUCUAUGCCAUCAUACUACAUCGUUCUAUCCGUCUCAUGUUUAUCUGA